AUGACUGCUACUACUACUGACAUGCCAGCUACAAUUAGCCCUCAUCGUGGAUUGAUGAGCAGGCUCAGUUCGGUCUCGUUGAAGCAGAGGUUUAAGUUUUCUCAAAGGAGGUCUCGCAAGGAGCCACUGAAGGAGGAAACUGUUUUCAUUUCAAACAUCAUCACAUUUGGGGACAACCCGCACGUCAUUCCUCUUACUGCCCACCAAACACCAGCCGAUGUAGUCGUUGAAGCUGUAUCCGAGCCUAUAGUACAGCAUCCUGUGAUGUCGGUCACCAGGACUGCACCACCACCGCUACCAACACUCAGCCCUGAAGCUCCAGUUGCAUCAAUUGCCUCACCAUUGUCUGUAGUUGAAUCUAUAAGUCCAAUUCCUGCGUACACACCAAGGGUUGAAGCCCUCAGAUCUGGAACAACUCCUGCACAAACACAUCUAUCACUGCCUAGUUACGAAGAAUCGUUUAGUGCACAUUCCGUGAAUGGGAUUACAUAUGUGGUAAACGCGAACUACUUACCACAGAGGCCAGAUGAGCUGGCUGUACACACUGGUGAUCAUGUUAUUCUCGAACAGGAAUUUCAUGACGGGUGGGGUAGAUGUCAUAGUGUGGUUACCGGCCUCUCGGGCGUACUGCCGCUCGCGUUGCUAGUCCGUCUAGAAUCGAAGAUAACACACUCGGACAUAUCUGCACAACGUAAUAAUAACGUUGCCAACAUUGCUCUUCUCCAUCCACACGUUGCCAAAGACUUCCAUGAGGCCGCUGAACGUGGCGAUUUGAAUAAAAUAUUAUCGCUAUUGGAGAGCUCACUCACUGUCAUUGAUGCUCGGGACGAUGGACAACGAACGCCAUUGAUCAAGGCCGUCUCGUAUGGACAUGUUCACAUUGUCAAAAAGUUGUUGGAAAGUGAGGCUCUGGUAAAUGCACGAUGUGGUGGACAGCACACACCACUUCAUUUUGCCAUUACCAGCGGCGAGCACUCUGAAGCCAUACGGACGGAAAUUGUAACACUGCUACUACAAUAUGGUGCAAACGUGAAUGCGAAAGACGGACAUCGUCAAACGCCUCUCCAUUGUGCCUCUCGGUUUGGAUAUACCAAUAUUCUCGAAUCUCUGCUUGCCGAGGCGGCUGACGUGGAUGCCAAAGAUGAGAAUGGAUGGACUGCUCUUCACCACGCUUCCGCACAACCCCGUGAUGAUAGACAAGAUAAUAGAUUCGCACUGAUUGAUGUCUUGCUUCAAUAUGGUGCCAACAUUGAUGCAAGAGCCAACGAUCAAAUGACACCAUUGCAUUUAGCAGCCAAAAUCGGGAGCGAGAGAGUCGUGAAACUGCUGCUAGAUAAAGGAGCUAGUGUCUUGGCUCGUGCUGGGGAUCUCAUUACACCCUUACAUCUUGCUGCAUCGCACGGACAUGCCAAGGUUAUAAAUGUAUUAGCAGAUGAAGGUGCUCUAGUAAAUGCCUGGACAAAUUCGAAAAAGACAUCAUUGAUGAUGGCAUCACAGCUCGGCAAAGCUUCAGCCGUCAAGACUUUAUUAUUGAAGCCUGGUAUAGAUGUGCUUGCUCAGGGUGAAAAUGGGCUGACGGCUCUGCAUUUUGCGUGUCAAAAUGGUAAUAUGGAAGUCAUUUCGCUUUUGACGAGAGAGAUUAUGAAGGAAUUGACCCGUAAGCACGGAAGUCAUGUUACUUUGAACGAGUUGCCAAAGACAGCGCCUUCAUGGACUCCUAUCCACUACGCUGCUCUUAAUGGACAUAUUAAGGCUAUAGAGUGCUUGGCUAGCAACGGUAUAGAUAUAAAUGCUACAACAGAGCAGGGAUGGACGCCGUUUCUGCUGGCGUGUAGCGAGGGUGAAACCGAAGUGGCCGUCGAACUACUACGUCUAGGUGCCGAGAAAGCUGCUCGUACGAAGGGAGGGUGGAGCGCUCUUCAUCUCGCCUGUAUAACACGAAACAAGAAACUUAUAAACACGCUCCUGGACUUGGGAAUGGAUCCAUCUGAGCCCACUUUGGGAUUACUGACCCCUUUGCACCUUGUUGCAGAAUCAACUUCUGUGGAAGGGGCUAAUGCUUUGAUCGCCAAGGGUGCGGAGGUCAAUAGCCAGACAAUAACUGGACUUACUCCUUUGCAUAUUGCUAGCAUGCGUGGAUUUAAUACCAUCCUGCAGUUGUUAUCAAAUUCUGGAGCAGAUCCAGAAUUGAAGUACAAAAACAAAACGGCUAGGGAUUUGGCUACAAAGGAGUCUACUAGGGCCGUCUUAUAUAGAAUGUGA